AUGGUUGAAUUUGAUGGUGAUAUAUUUUUAAAAACCUUCUCCUCUGAUCUUAUCUUGAAGAUUUUUGGUUAUGUUCCAAAACAGUUAUUGAUGAAGAUUAAAGAUGUUUCUUCAAUUUCAAAAUACAUAUUAAAGGUGGUUUAUAACGCUUGUGUUAUUGUUAAUGGAGCUGAUAUUCUUCAUCCAGGAGAAUACUUUAGAAAAGUGAAAUUGAUUGAAGAAAGUGAAAAGAUUCCUCUUGUUGAUGAUGAUUUCCUGUUUGUUCCAACAUUUAUCAAUAUCGAUAAAUUUAUUGACUUUCGUAAAGAAUACCCAGAUUUCAACCCAAACAAAUUAAUAUUUGAAAAUGUUGAAGAUUUCAUUAGAUUACAUAAUUUAAUUCCAGAAACAUUACAAGGAAUUCAAUCAUUUGAAAUCCUGGUUCCAUCUUUUUUUUCAAACAAUUUAAAUCUCAUGCUUGGUGGUGAAAGUGUUUCAGAAGAUGAAAGGUUUCACGCGUUAAACGCGUUGAUUGCAUCAAUGCCGUAUAACAUUGAAAGUCUUAAGGAAUAUCCUAUCAGUCUGCAAGGAUUGCUUGUCCCUGAUUCUGUUAAAGAGUUGGAAAUUGUUGCUGAAAAGGAUACUACUGUUGAUUUUUCACUUUUGAAAGAUUUGCCAAAUUUGACAAGAUUGAAAAUUACUGGGGCAAAACUUGAAAUGAAUGAUCUUGAAAACUUACCAUCUAACAUUGAAAGUUUACAAUUAAUCAAAUCUUUAGUCAUUGAAGAUUGUUCAAAUCCACAUUUUCCAACAGAUUUGAAACAUCUUGAAAUCAAUCCUUUCAAAAUGGUAUCCGAUGAAGCAGAUGAUGAAAAAGAUGAAGCAGAUGAUAUUAGCUGUGAUUUAUCCAGUUUGGAAAACUUGAAAACUUUAAAACUUUCAAAUGUUAGAUCAUCCUCCUUGGAUUCUUUGGAGCUACCAAAAAACUUGAAAACCUUAAUCAUAAAUGAAUCAAAAUCGUUAACUAGUUUGGGAUCUUUAAAGAAAUAUCAUUUGGAAAAUCUUGAAGUUUUUGAAACUGAUAAAUUACCGCCAAAUGCUAUUUUAUCGGAAGACGUACUUCCAGUUGGUUUGAAAUCUUUGAGAAUCACUCGACGUAAACCUAGAGAUAUAGAUGAGGACGCUGGUGUGAUUCAAGAAAAUAUAUACUUGCCUCCUAAUCUUAAGAAAUUCAAUUUGCAAGAUGGAUCAUUUGACAUGGGAGAUGAUUUUAAAUUGCCAGAGUCUAUUACUUCAUUGACUAUUAUUGGAUGUCGUGCCCCAGGUCUCAAGUCAUUGGUUCUGAACUUGAAAGAAUUGAAAGAAUUGAAUGAUUUGACUCUUAUUCGAAUUGAAAAGUUACAAGGAAUUGAAAAUACUAUUUUCCCUCGUCAUUUAAGAAACUUGGUAAUUAGAAACUGUGGUGUAUUGGUAUUUGCAGAUACUAAUAUCAAUGAAUUAACUUAUUUAAAGAUAUUGGAAUUGGAUGCCUAUACAUUUGACUUUGGAAAAUUUCCUAAAAACUUGGAGUCCAUCAAAUUAAGGUCCAGUAGUUAUAGAAGACGGAAUGAAGAUAUUGUUGACAUCACUUGCACCUCAGGUGAGUUUGUCCAUUUGAAAGAACUCGUUACGUCUAGUAAGCAAGAAAUUUCGGGAGUUUCAUUUCCAAACUUAAGAAAAUUGACUUUUGUCAAGUGGGUCUUUAAGGAUCUGUUAGAUAAGAUUUGUCCAAAUGUUACAGAAAUCAUUGAUGAAGAUUGUGAUCAUAGUUUGGAAGACUUUGAAAACUUGGAUAAAUUGAAAUACUUACGUAUUAAUUCUUCAUUUUCUGUUGAUAACAUAAAGGAUAAUUUUUGUUUCCCAAAAUCUUUGGAAGAGUUGGACUUGAAUGGUUGUAGAUGUGGUGAUGGUAAAAUUGCAAAAUUGAAUUUACAUAACCUUUCAAAUUUAAAGAUUCUUAAUCUUACUUAUAAUAGAUUGACUGAGAUAAAAAGUAGUUGGUUACCUAAAAGUUUGGUUCAUCUUUCUUUAGGUCAAAAUAAUUUGAAGAUCCUUGAUUUGAAAGAUCUUGAAUCCUUGGAAGUGUUGAGAUUGAAUAGGAAUGAGUUUGAAGAAUUUCAAGAAGGUGAUGUUCAGUUCCCUAAAUCUUUGGUAAUUCUUGAUGCUAAUAGUAUUGGGAAGCAUCGCUAUGGUAUGGACCUGAAUGAUCAUUUUCCAAUUGGUCAUUGUAAGAGAUUGAAAACUAUGUAUGGUAGAGAGGAAUUCAAAGAGGAGGUAUUGAAAAUAGCAGCGGAAGUUUGA